CGAAUGUCACGAACCGUUAAUAACGAGAAGUUGUCAAAAAGCUAUAUCGACAUAAAAAUGAACCUCCAAAUUUUCAGUACAUAAUCAUAAAAGCAAAUUUACCUGUUUCCCAGAUUAUACCAGAAUGCAGUUAGUCAAGUGAGUGCAAAUACUUUUCAGCAAGAAUCCCAAAGCCCUCAGCGAGUACAGUGUGUUCGCAGUAUCGGUGCAAUGAAUCAACAAGGACCUUAUCUGCAAAGUCCUUAUUAUCAAGGGUUUCAGUCCGAUGGGUUUCCUUUAAAUCAACAAAAUUCCUGCCAGCCGUUUCCACAUAACCCUUACAACGUCGUACCGUCACUAGGACAGAAUCAACAAGUAUUCUCUGCCGGUCACUUGCCUCCAAAUUUUGCUGACCACUCUCGUCCCUAUCUGGGAAACACGGCGCCUGUGUUAAUAUUUCCAAACUGUUGUCCUGCGAAUCCUCUUUCCACAAUCCCGCCACCCUUACCGCAACAACCCGUUACAACGUCCAGUUUACCGAUAGCCCUGAAUUAUCCGUUACUGAGUGUCAAUUACACCCCGGGACUCCCAUUCUAUUUUCCCGGCUCUUGUUAUACAUUUCCGAUUACGUCGCCUAUCUGCGAUCCCUCGGCAUGGCAAAAGGACAAUAAGAAUGGUUGCGCAUGCUGCCAGAGGAGACACGAGUUAUCGUCAGGAUCGCAAAAGAAUUCUGGCACGUCGUGUCGCGAAGACGCAAAUGAGAAUCAUCGUUGUCACCAGGGUAAUGACGGCACCAUUUGCAAUAAGAAGAACUGUCCAUCCUCCAUUAAUUUACAAGCUCUCGUUUCGCAAUUGCUGUCCCUACAAGGAAUUGUUCCCUGUGCGGCGAGUAGAAUAAUUCUGAAGAAAAUUCCUGGUUCUGACAUAACUGCUCCUAUAGACGAGACGGUGGCUUGCGCCCAAAAAUCAAUUGGUGCGCUUAACAAGGACCAACUUUUAGCUGAAGCCAGAAACGCACAACAAGUUAACGCCUUGAUAAACCUUCAUAUGACAGCGAAUCCGCCGUCAAAUAUAAUACCAAUCCUGACAAUGGUUCAGCUGAAAGUGAACGUUCUGAAGGCGCAAGUGGAAAAUCUUGUCAAUCAGAAAAUCGUAGAGAGUCAAUCGCUCGGGGUGACGGCCAAUAACAAUUUAGAUCCAGUGGUACUCUCGCUGAAAUCGGAUGCUGAAUUGCGGGAGAUUCUGAAUGCACUGAGACAAAAGGAAUCGGACGAAAGAGUCAGCAUGAAUUUUGCGCCCUACCAUUCACAACGUAUCAUAGCCGAAGCUCGAUUGACUAAUCUUCAAAGUAAGAUAAGCCAAGUGGAGGAUGAAAUGGAGAGGAGGAGGAACAACGCACUGCCGAGAACACCUCUUCGCCAUCUUCCUCAGAAUAUUCCCAAUUUUGGAUCCGCCUUUGGUACAACGUUCUAUACACUUUCCGAAUCAGCAUACACUACUAUUACGGCCCCGGACGAGCAAAACUAUCAGUCACCAAAUCCAUUUAUAAUCCAGGUUCGCAGUCCUAGGAAGUUGUACCUGAAGCCUCACGUGGGCAGCCCUGAGACCACGUAUGCGUCAAAGACACGUCAAGCAGUGGAACCACGUUGCACCUGUAGCCCGGAUGAUGCUGAGAAAGGAGAGAAUGAGGAAAACACUGUGACGUCUGGUAAGCUCACGUGCCAAACGCAAGAAUCCAUUGAUGAGAUUAACAAAGAACUUGAUACUCUUCGUACAGAUGCUGAAAAUAACGUAGGCAUGCAUCCAGAAAAGAAUCCAGAAGAUUCAAAUAAGAUCGUACCGAAAAUGUAUUCGGGCGUUGGCGAGGAAAGUAAGGAUGAUUUUGGGUCAAAAGAUAAGAAUAGAGUUCAAUUAAAGUCUGUAGAAUUGGCGGGCGAAUCACAGGAAUCGAACAAAUCAGGCGAAUCGAAUGAGCUAUCUACGACGAAGAAAGGUCCAAAAGGGAUUUGCAGUGGGGAAUCGGAAAGUGAACUGGACGAGACUAAAGGGAAUGAGAAUUCUAGAGAUUGGAACGAGUGAAAGGUUCCGUACCAUAUGUUCAAAUUGUUUAGGCAGGAGAGAAAACGUAAAAGUGAAAAAAAGACAAAAUGAUUAAUGACUUGGGA